AUGUCAGAGAUGACUGUUGUAUCAGAAAUAUAUGAUGAAUACAGUUACAAAACUGAUAGUGCCCCAAGUAGAAAAGGAAAUGUCAUAUCCCAAUUUCCAUUUUUAUUACCAAAAGAAAAAGCUAAGCGCACUUUUGAUGAAGAUGAUGAUUUGGAUUUUGAAAGGCCAAGUAGAGAAGUUGUAAAAAUUGAACACAGUUUUAAAACGAAAAUUGCCUUAGUGGGUCUUCAAGUAUGGAGAGGAGCAUUUUUGUUAGGCGACUUGUUAAUCAAUUUAGGAGUUAAUGGUGAAUUAGAUGGAAAGACUAUUUUAGAACUGGGUGCUGGAACUGGCCUUACAAGUUUUGUCGCCGGUAUUUACGCGAAGAAAGUUGUUUGCACUGAUAUUGAUUUAGGUGGUAUUCUGGAUUUAAUAAAAAUAAAUGCUAGAUGCAAUUCCAAGUUAAUUAAAUCGGAAUUUAUAGUGUUGCCCCUUGAUUUCACAAAUCUUCACUGGAAUCCUGCUUUAUUUAAAGAAAUACAACAAACUGAUAUUAUUAUCGCUGCUGAUGUAAUCUACGAUGACGACGUUACGUCAGCAUUUGUAUCGACAGUUCAGAAAAUACUUGACACAAAUCCACCAAAGACAAUAUAUAUAGUUCUAGAGAAGCGCUAUGUUUUUACCAUAGAGCAUAUGGAGUCUAUAGCUCCAUGCUACGAAACAUUCCUAGCCUUAUUGGAUAAGGUUAAAUGCGAUUGGAUAGUUGAACAACUCCCACUCAAUUUCCCCAAAUACUUUACGUAUGAUCGCGUAAAAGAAUUAGUUUUAUGGAAGAUAAGCUCUAAAUGA